GCUCUUGCCAACCAUUUUCCUCGCAUUUUCCUUUCCUGCAUUUUCUUCAUUCCCAUCACCCUUCAAUGAGCAUGACUGGCUUCGUUCUAAACCAGAGUGAAAUUAUCUCCCAGUGCUAUGUUUCCUAUAUUGAUGCCGAUUGGACUCUCAUCCUGAUGGUUUCAAGCAUCUGAUCACGCUUGUCGCCGAUUGUGAGCUUGCCUCAAUAUCUAGUUGUCUGCUCCGCUUCGUUUCCUCAAGCGCUCUUCCUUCUUCAACCUUGUUGAGGUCGCGCAGAUCCAUGACUUGGCAGGCGCCACGGAUUCGUCUGACCGAGGUUCUUUGACAUUAAGUCCCGCAGUCAGUUCUCAUCGUAUGUACAGGUGUCUCAUGACAGCCCAGCAUAGGUGUCCAGUUCACACCUAGCUCAACACUAUGGCCACGCUGACAGCUCGUCCUACCCCUGGGAAAAUCGGGCUAUAAAUGCUUGCUAUAACGUUCGGAAGCUAUUCCGCUGUUGCACUCUUAUCGUUGGGCAUCGACAGAGUCUCUCAGAACUGGGGACCGACGCUCGAUGCCACGACCCCUGUUGCUGGAGCGGAAACUGUCGAUAGCGCACUUGCGCUAAGACACCAGAUAUGGAAGAGAUCUGGGUUAGGCUGCGUAUUCGAGACGAUGAAUAGUGUUUCUCUGCCCUUUGACACAUACCGAGUGCCCCAACUAAUCAUUUGGACUCAAUCACAGUCGUUUGGACAAAUCCUUAUUGCUCGUUCCGGCAGAGAUGUCAUGAGUAAUCAACAUGCUGAUUGAAUUAUUUGGCAAUUAUCUUCCACAUCCUCUCCUUUCUCUCUCUGUUCUCUAUUCUUCGUCUCAGACGCUCGCCGCUAUUUGUUAUACAAGUGAGAAGUACUUCGCGAAUGUUCAUAUCCAAACCGCCAUUCUUUGCAAGGGCAAACAACGACGGAGCAUCGAUACUUAGUAGUUCGCUCGCGAAGUACAUCGUCGGGUUCCCAAGUGACGUGGGAUCUCCGCGUACUUGCACCUCGGUGAAAUGGCAAACUUCGCAUCAGAGAUUCUCAACGCCAAACGACCGGAGAUUACUGGAGAAGUCGUAAAGCUAUUCAUCUUAUACUACCACCGCAAUGCCCCUGGAGCCACGUACUCCGUACAUGCCAUGCGAAGAUCCACAGAACACAAUACAAUUGUCUGCGUAGAUUUCCGAGGUGUCUAUCGAAGUUGUUUGAGUUCAUGG